AAGACCCACUCACUGAGGAUAAUACAACAUCAGAGGAUUGCUAUUUGACCUCACAAAUGGAGACGAUAGCAUUUACUGUGUCUGGGUACCUUGAUGGCCUGGAUGACCUCUAUGACAACAGUGACCUUUAUGGCAACAGCUCAUAUGAUGAAUGCUGUGAUGGGGGAGACGUAUGUGACCUGAACGAGGGCAAGCGGUUUGAGGCGGUGUUCAUCCCAGUUCUGUAUUCUGCGGCCUUCCUUGUUGGUGUCCUGGGCAACGGGGUGCUGCUGGGAGUUCUUGCUCGGAGCAGAAGGGCCUGGAGCGUUACAGACAACUUCAUCUUACACCUGGGUGUGGCAGAUGUCCUGCUGCUGCUGACGCUGCCCUUUUGGGCCGCACAGGCGGUUCAAGACCAGGGGUGGACCUUUGGUACCCCCCUGUGCAAGAUCACUGGAGCUGUCUUUACGAUCAAUUUCUACUGUGGCAUCUUUCUCCUGGCCUGCAUCAGUCUGGACCGGUACCUCUCCAUCGUCCAUGCUACCCAGAUGUACUCUCGUAAGAAACCUUGGGUUGUUCACGUCAGCUGUUUGGCAGUGUGGCUCUUCUCCCUGUUCCUCUCUAUCCCUGACUGGAUCUUUUUGGAGGCUUCCUACAAUAGCAGGCAAAAUCAAACUGAGUGCAUCCGCGAUUACUACAAAUUUCAAGUGGCGGUAGCUAACUGGCGUCAGGCAUCGCGGCUGCUCUACCACAUCGUGGGCUUCCUGCUGCCUUCAGCUGCCCUGAUCUUCUGCUACUCCUGUGUCCUUCUGCGGCUUCGGUGCGGCUCCCAGGGCCUGCAAAAGCAGAAAGCUUUCCGGAUCAUCAUGGCUGUGGUGAUAGUUUUCUUUCUCUGCUGGACGCCGUACAACAUCACUCUCUUGGUGGACACGUUUCUUCCUGACUCCAACUGUGGGAUGCAAACGACCCUGAAGCAAGCCAUGAUAGUCACCUCGUCUUUGGGUUACCUCCACUGCUGCCUCAACCCCAUCCUGUACGCCUUCGUUGGUGUCAAGUUUAGACGUCAGCUCCUGGAUAUCCUGAGGUCUCUGGGCUGCCAGCUGAAGACAAGUGCCAAAUUUCAUUCUGUUAGCAGCAGCAGGAGAAGCUCAUUUUGGUCUGAGUCUGGUGACACUUCAAACUCCAUCGCUGUCUGACAGAGAGAGACAGACUUGAAGUAAGAUGUUCAUUCAGUACAUCUGCAAGUUUUCUUUUCUUGCCCCACAGGCAGAUAUUUUACUCAUUACAAGCAGCUCAGGUCUUUUUUUGUCUUUUAUAUCUGUACAUGAAUAUUUUUCUUCCGUAUUGAGUCAAGAGUGCAAUUAGAUGUUUUUACUAGAAAUUAGACAAAUGCGAUUGCUUAGUUUGAUUUUUUACAGUGUAAGCCUCCCUUUCUGACAAGUGAUCCUUGAGAGUUUCAGAUGUAAACUGCUUGUUACGAGUCUUGAUGAUGAUCACUUAUCCUGCCUGAUAAUGCCGUGACAACUGAAAAGUUUUUGUGUUUAACACAGGGCAUUAAGCAGUACUCCAAAACCCAAGAUGUCAUCUAGAUCAGGAUCUUACAUACAGUCUAUAAGGACCUGAUCUAACUUGAACAAACAGUCAAAGUGACUGAAAGACAGGGACAUGAAAGCUGAUUGUGUGUUUCUUGGUGUAUUUCCUGUUUUUACGUGUGACCGUUCCUCACCUUCCACAGCGCAUUGGCAGCUGCAGAUGAAAAUGACCACUUAUCACUUUGAGAUCCCACACUUGUGCAAGUGUGAGAGACGUUUUCUUUUUUAUUGUUGAGCAGAAGUAUCACAUUUUCUGUUCCUGACCUCAGGGCUAAAUGCAUAAACCCAACGUGGAUGUAAUAUUGCAAGAGGUGUAGCUUUGUAUUUUCCUUGUAUAUGAUUAAAGUCUUAUGUAACUUUUUUUGUACAAUGCAUUAUUUUUUAUGAAGUAUAUAAAUAAUUGAUAUAUUUUCAAUAAAAUGUCAUAUUUU